UAGUCUUCCAUGUUUUGCUUUAUUAAAAUAUCAACAGUAUUUUAUUUCUAGAGAAAGCAACAGCUUGUGUUUGGGAAUGAGGUACUAAGUCACAAAUCAGUCCUACAUCUUAUCUGGAAAGCAUUUUGAAUUUGUAAGGUUUAGAAUCCCAUAUGGAAAAGUCCUAUGUAUUUAAGGUAAAUGAACCUGUUAAUAACAUUUAUCAGUAGAGCUCAGCUAUAUUUCCAGUUUUACCUUAUUUUCUUCCAGAGGCUGUAACUAAAUCUAUUUACAAAAUAAUUAUUGGACUUGCCCAACGGCAAAACCAAGAUAGUUCCCUUGCCUCCAAGCAUGCGGCAAACCCAAGUGCAAUAUGUUGUAAUCUUCCCUCACUGCAACAGGGUCAGGACCGGCUGGCGUCAGCGUGUUGGGCGAGACGUGGGAGACGAAAAGUAACUUGUCAAUUUUUAAUAAACUCUUCCUUCCUUGCCAAGUCAACUGCACCAUUCUCUCUGCAAACCAAUGAGAUGAUGACAUCUUUCUAGUUGGUUUCCAUAGCAUCCAUUCCUGAAGAGCCCCAGGAUGGUCUUUUGGAAAGAUUGUCCUUCUACCUCCCCUAGAAAGUUGUCAAAGCAGAGGACUCAAAGAACCUCUCCCUCUGCCCUGCAAGGUGUCCUGUCCGUGGUCCUGAAAGCCAGUGGUAGUGCCAGAGAGGGAAGGAGCUGUCCUCAGUGCUGAAAAACUCUCGUGCUCUGUCCAAAAUUAGGCUUGUUCGCCUCACUAAACCACGUUUUCGCUUUUCAUUGAUUCCCGUUCCAAGAAGCUUUAAGUUCUCUCUCCAUCUCCACUCUACGCUACCGCAUAUCUGAAUUGCUCCCUAUGAAAGAAGCAGAAGCUCAUUCGUGAAGAUGAAACCCUAGGGUUGGUACUGCCCACCUGAGAGCUAAAAUCAUCCAUCACUUCUUUCUCAAGCUACUCUGAUUCCUACGGAAGAGGAUUAAUAUUGCUAUCAUCUUCACUUUGCACUUAUAGAAGAGCUUCAUGAUUUUUUUUUCUAUUUUGAAAUCUUGCAGUUUUUAAAAGAGCUUUAAAAUCGGGAUUAUAAAUAAUUUCCAAGUGGACUAACUUCCAUCAAGAAGGAUCUCUUCGUAACCGCCCAAAUAUCAGGUUUUUGCGUGCUCUCUCUCCGUUACCGGAUCCUCCCCUUCAAAUAAGACUUUCUAAUUGUGUCUAGAAAUUCUCCUAUUAGGAGAGCCGUGGGUUGCAUGUAGCUGUAUUCCGUUUUAUACCCUUUCUCUCCCUCCCUUUCACUCACAUUCUUCUUCCCAGAGGCGCACCAAUAGCCAUUUCGUGGGGAAGGAAAGAGAGAGAGGAGGGAAAAAAAAAACCACUACCUUAGCGAUUAAGCCAAUAUGCGCAACCAUCGCCUAUCAUAGCUCAAACCUAGAAUACACCAGGAGCCACUGCUGCAGGGAUGGAGUCGAUAAAACAAAGGAUUUUGACCCCUGGCAAAGAGGGACUGAAGAAUUUUGCUGGAAAAUCUCUCGGCCAAAUCUACAGGGUGCUUGAGAAGAAGCAGAAAACUGGGGAGACUAUCGAGCUCACUGAGGAUGGAAAGCCCCUGGAAGUGCAGGAGAAGAAGACGCCACUCUGUGACUGUACCUGCUUUGGCCUGCCACGCCGUUAUAUCAUCGCCAUCAUGAGUGGCCUGGGCUUCUGCAUUUCCUUUGGCAUCCGCUGCAACUUAGGGGUUGCCAUUGUGGACAUGGUGAACAACAGCACCAUACACCGAGGGGGAAAGAUCAUCAAGGAGAAAGCCAAAUUUAACUGGGAUCCGGAAACCGUAGGGAUGAUCCAUGGGUCCUUCUUCUGGGGUUACAUCAUCACUCAAAUCCCGGGAGGCUACAUCGCGUCCCGCCUGGCCGCCAACAGGGUUUUUGGAGCUGCCAUACUCCUCACCUCCACCCUCAAUAUGCUAAUCCCAUCGGCAGCUAGAGUGCACUAUGGCUGUGUUAUAUUUGUUAGAAUCUUACAGGGGCUUGUUGAGGGAGUCACUUAUCCUGCCUGCCAUGGGAUAUGGAGCAAAUGGGCCCCUCCUUUAGAAAGGAGCAGACUAGCAACCACUUCCUUCUGUGGUUCCUAUGCAGGAGCUGUGAUUGCGAUGCCUUUAGCCGGGAUUCUUGUGCAAUAUACUGGAUGGUCUUCAGUGUUUUAUGUCUAUGGGAGCUUUGGAAUGGUCUGGUAUAUGUUCUGGCUUUUGGUGUCUUAUGAGAGCCCAGCUAAACACCCGACCAUUACAGAUGAAGAACGAAGGUACAUAGAAGAAAGCAUUGGAGAGAGUGCCAAUCUUUUAGGGGCGAUGGAAAAAUUCAAGACUCCAUGGAGAAAAUUUUUUACAUCUAUGCCAGUCUAUGCAAUUAUUGUUGCGAACUUCUGCAGAAGCUGGACCUUUUACCUGUUGCUUAUUAGUCAGCCAGCUUACUUUGAGGAGGUCUUUGGAUUUGAGAUCAGCAAGGUUGGAAUGUUAUCUGCUGUGCCUCACCUAGUGAUGACCAUCAUUGUGCCUAUUGGAGGGCAAAUUGCUGAUUUUCUAAGAAGCCGGCAGAUUCUCUCUACCACUACAGUGAGGAAGAUCAUGAAUUGUGGAGGUUUUGGCAUGGAAGCCACCCUGCUCUUGGUUGUGGGUUAUUCUCACACUCGGGGAGUAGCUAUCUCCUUCUUAGUGCUUGCGGUGGGCUUCAGUGGCUUUGCUAUAUCAGGAUUCAAUGUCAAUCACUUGGAUAUUGCACCAAGAUAUGCCAGUAUCUUAAUGGGCAUUUCAAAUGGUGUUGGUACAUUGUCUGGAAUGGUUUGCCCUAUCAUUGUCGGUGCAAUGACAAAGAACAAGUCCCGGGAAGAGUGGCAGUAUGUCUUUCUGAUUGCAGCCUUAGUCCACUACGGUGGAGUCAUAUUUUAUGGAAUCUUUGCUUCGGGGGAGAAACAACCCUGGGCAGAUCCUGAAGAGACCAGUGAAGAAAAGUGUGGCUUUAUUCAUGAAGAUGAACUUGAUGAAGAAACAGGGGACAUUACUCAAAAUUAUGUAAAUUAUGGUACCACGAAGUCCUAUGGGGCGACAACACAGGCCAAUGGUGGUUGGCCCAAUGGAUGGGAAAAGAAAGAAGAAUUUGUACAAGAAGAGGUUCAAGACUCAUACAUCUAUAAGGAAAGAGAAGAUUAUUCUUAACGGAGCUAACCAUUGAAUCUAUUUUGUAGUGUUUGUGAUUAAAUCCAUCGUGGUUGUUUGCACAAGAGAUGUGGUGUAAACAUGUUGACACAUAUCAAAAUGACAGGUCUUGCUGUAUUUAAAAAAAAACUUAAAAAACUUAAAAAAAAACAAAAAAAAAUCAAUCCCAUCAAGUGACCAUUUGUUCAAAUGACCAUCUGUCCCCAUUAAGACAUGGCAUCACCUCCAUUCAGGUCCAGCCAUUUCUGCACUACACAUUUUGAAAUUUCUUGGUCAAAACUAUAGAAGCAACUAGUUUCUUCUAUAGACACAAGCGCUCAAACUCAUAACUAAUGAUGAAAGCACAACUAUCUGGGUUGGCACAUGGCACAUCAAACACUCUGGUGAAAAAGCCAAAGCUUCUUGAUCAUGAAAAAUGCACUUAUAUAUUUGCUACACUAUAUGGAAAGAGAUAUAUCGACAGGACUUUGUGUUAAAGAAUCCAUAUUUAUUCAGUCAGAGGGAGGCAGUGCCUGCUGGCUGUAAGGUAAAGACUUCAGAUUUCUGGCAACCCCCAGAAGGACACCAAAUAGGCAAUAGGUAAUAGAAUAUUCUGUAGAGUUGCUAUUCUGUGCUGAGGAUAUUAAGAUAUAACUGGACUUCCAGUUAGGAAAACCUGGGUUCAAGUCCUGCCUCUGACAUCUGUUGACUGUGUGACCCUGGUUGAGUCACUUAACCUCUCAAAACCCUUAGAUAACUCUCACAGAUGAAAAGUUACAUCAGAGAUACUAAUCUAUGUUGGUGGAGGAAGUUUCUGCACUGGGGGCUUCUACACACCAAUAAAUAAUAGAUCUAGCUAAAAAAAUUUUUUUGUAAAAGAUUUGGUGAGACAGAGAGGAAUAUAUUGGAGUGGUUCAUAAUGAAAACUAGAGUUCCAAGCAUGGAGAGAAUCCCUUUCUUUUCAUGUUUGAGGUCUUGCAAAGUGAGGGGUAUGCUUCAAGUUCUUCCAUUCAUUUACCGGACAGUAUAAAAUACUUUACAUUUUAAAGAUCUGAAUUUUCAUGCAGCAUGUCUGAUAACUUUUUAAAAAAAUAGACUUCAUUGUAUUUUUACUACAACUUUGUACUGGUUGUAAAAACUCGUAGAAAAGACACAUAUACCUUUAAGAGUCUAAUAAAUUUAUUAUGGAGUUGUAGCCCUUAAAAGAUCGUUUUAAUGAUAAAGGAAAUAGAAAACAAUUUAGACAUUCUUCCCUUCAUGAUUCCAUACUGUAUUAGGCUUGUGCCACAGAUCUCUACAUAGAAUAUAAAAAUAUUAACUUAAUAGACAAUUUUUGUUAUUUUACAAAUCCCAUUUAAAAAUGUAUGUCUUUGAAAAUAGAGGGCAAUAAAUUAUAUGACUAUAUCUAAUAUACAUAUAUGUCUAUACCUACACAUAUGCACACAAAAGAAAAAGCAACAAUCCUCACAUAAACCAAAAGUGACAUACAACUUCUGUUGGGUUUGGGAGAUUGUGAUUUCUACUUUCAUAAAGUUGUAGAAUUUUAGCAUCAGGAAGAGACAGCCCGUUGGCACUUCCUACAGUAAUUCAACAAGAAUUGCAACAUUUGUGUACCAAGCAAUAAGUGCAAUGCAUUAUAAUGGGCAUCAUCCUUCCGUCUGUAUAUUAAUAUCUUCAUUUUGCUUGUUGUAGAUGUUUUGGGUGGCUGGAAUGAUCAGAACCAUAAAGUAAACACCAAAUCAUUUCCUAACUUUUCAAAAUGGAUAAGGACAGUGUAUUUCCCAACUCAAAUCCAAUGAUUAUCAGUGUGUAUGUGUGUGUAAUAGUCCAUUCUGAGUUUUUAUCUGUUCAUUGUAUUGUGCUAGUGACUGGAGGCCCUGCUACUGCAAAUAUAAAACUUGAAGAUUGUUUAAAAAAUAAUGCAAACCCUUCUUGACCUUAAGGGCAAAAUCAGAUAAUCUUUUGCUUUGUGCCUCAAAGUGAUGUAAACUGUGGUCAUAGCUUUUGCUGUGUUGAAUGACAAGAUGUGGACUGUCAUCUUUGUUGCUGCAAAAAGUGUUAAUAAAAUGCUCUAUUUAUCCUUUUAUAUAAAAAA